AUGAGUAACGCCACCACCUGUCAACAACCCCAUUCGAUUUUGAUUUCUGACCCUGCCUCAGUUGAUCACAGCCAUCAACAUGUUCAGUUUACGAUACCAAAAGAGCACCUACACACUCACGAGAACUCACGCAAACCCAGAAGUCGUACCAACUCACCGCCCAACGACAAAACUGCUGUAAGUUUUUGAAAGAUAAGUUUGUAAAGAAAGUUCUUGCCAUUUUAUGCUUUGUAAAGAAAGUUCUUGCCAUUUUAUGUUUUGUAAAGAAAGUUUUUGCCAUUUUUUGUUUUGUAAAGAAAGUUUUUGCAAUCUUAUGCUUUGUAAAGAAAGUCCUUGCCAUUUUAUGCUUUGUAAAGAAAGUUUUUACAAAUUGAACUUACAUUCCCCUUUCCAGACGCCAGAAGUCCCGAUGGAUGAGGUUGAGCUAUUGAAACGUGGCCUCCGCUCGCAGAAAGGUGAAUGUCUGCACGAUGCUGAAGAUUGUGAAUGUGAAAAAUGUGCGAAUUUAAGCCCGGAGGACAACAACUCAAACUGA